AUGGCGCAACCUCGUCCAUUCGCAUCAAAGGAGUCGUCAGUCUGUGAACAAUGUGUAUCCAUCUUCCAAGAAAAAUGCUUAAUCUACACCGCUGACGACCAAAAUGCGUGGCCUCUGCCAGUUCACCAUCAGAGCCUCGAGUCCUUCGAGGCCGCGGUACAAUCUGGUUGUGUCCUCUGCCACCGUAUGUGGAAUGAAAUUCACAGACAAGGCCGUGGAGAAUUGAUUACACUAGAGCGAGCUACAGUAUUUUCUCGCUACGCACUAAGAAAAUUCCAAGAUGAUGACCGCGCGGACUAUUGGCUCACGCUUGUCGUUCUUCAUCCGAGCUUGAGACCGGAAGCGGAUGGUUUUAGUGUUGAGCAUGGGUAUGACGGACCUACACAAUCUUUGGAGCACGAGCCGAGUACAAUGUCUGAAACUACUUGGGGUCAAGCUCUUAAAUGGAACCGGGAAUGCCGCUCUCAUCACACCGUUUGCAAAUCAUAUCGGGACCCUUCUUAUCUCCCGACUCGAGUGCUUGACAUUUCUGGGAACCAGAACGAUGAUAUCAAGCUGGCAGUCACUCAGAAUUGCAUGAAAGCCCUAGGCGACAAUAAGAGCGAGCACGAGUUCGCGACCCUCAGUCAUUGCUGGGGCCGUAAUCCCAUCAUCACCCUCCGCCAAGACAACAUCAGUCAGUUUCAACAUUCCAUCACGAUGACUGCACUCCCCCUAGUCUUCCAGCAAGCCAUCUACGUUGCGCGGAAGCUCGGAUUCGCGUACCUCUGGAUUGAUUCUCUCUGCAUCAUCCAAGACUCAGAAGAAGACUGGCGGCAUGAAUCUGCUCUCAUGGGAAAGGUUUACAGCAACAGCUCCCUCAACAUCAUGGCCACAGAUAGUAAAGACGGCACUCAGGGCUUAUUCAGGGAUAGAAAUCCUCUCGACCUACAACACUGCGUCGUGCGAGCCGGGUGGACAGGCAUCGCACCUGAAUCCUUCUACAUUUACGACUGGAUGACGUGGGAUAAUCCAAUAGUCAGGGCACCGUUAAACGGCCGCGGGUGGGUUUUACAAGAACGAAUCCUGUCGCCGCGAGUACUGCAUUUUUCGCACAACCAGCUGGCCUGGGAAUGCCACGAGAAGGACGCAUGCGAGAUGUACCCCGAUGGCAUACCGACGAUAUUUGUAAACUUUGAUACCCAAGUGAAAAUCAUGGACCCAGAGGCGUACUUGAAAUGGGUCAACAGCUGGCGGCAACUCCAUUUCAAACCGACCAUAGAUGUUGGAUACGCCAUAUGGAAACGUUUAGUACAUUUAUACAGCCAAACGCGUGUAACAAAAGCAUCCGACAAGCUCAUAGCUAUCAGCGGUCUCGCCAACCGAAUGCGUGCCGUUAUGCAAAAUGAUGAGAAGUACCUCGCUGGGCUGUGGUCCCAUCACCUGACCAGCCAGCUUCUCUGGCGGGUUGCACCCAAUGCGCUCGGUUCACGCAUCCCGCGAUGGAGGAGACCAUACCGCGCGCCCUCGUGGUCGUGGGCGUCAUUGGAAACCGAGGUAUACAUGUCGAUGGAGGAGUCCAGUGCGCCCCGGUCAGCUUAUAUUGAUAUCGAAGAGGCGAGCGUGACACCUCUCUCGUUAUUGAGCGAUACAGGAGAAGUGGUAGAUGGCCAUAUUCGGCUCCGUGGAUCUUUGAUGCGGGCCAAGCUUGUCAGCUCAAGCGAGGAGGGAUCGCGUAAAAUGGACCUGUGGGUGAAUGAAAUGAAGACCGACUCGGCUAUCUCUCUCGAUGAAGUUUCACUUGAGGACACUUACUCAGUGGUGUACUUACCUGUGGCAGGGGAGUAUAAUCCGGAUAGUGACAGCCAGGCUGUCAUAGGGAUUCGUGCUUUACUGUUAGUCCCCGUCGAAGGCAAGCCUCAAGGGUGGUACUCGAGGUUUGGGUUUGUCGAUACGUGGCACGACAGUGAAGAUCCUGAGCCGAUGAACCACUUGAUUCGUGUAAUGGAGGAUCGUACCUUUAGUAACGAGAGCCUCUAUCUCGAGAGAGUGCCGAGGACUAUUAUGUUUGUAUAG